GCCAUUGGUAAUAUUCAUUUCUUUCUGCUAUUAAUUAGAAAGAUUGUUAUUCAAUUUAACUAAUGGUUCUUAUUUUAAAUUCAUAUAACCUAAUAUCAUAAUUAAAUUUCAGUCUAAGAGCACUGGUAUCACGAAUUAGAUAUACAGUCAACCAGUUACUAUACCAUGGGGUAGAAUAACAUGAGCUUUGGCGUGCAAUAAACAGCUUUUUGCAAAAUGAUAUGCUUGAGGUAGUUGAUACGAGCAAGGUUGAUUUUUUUUUAUGAGUUAUAGAGAAUAAUGAAUUUCAUGGUUGUUGCUCUCCUGGUUCAGGAUGCCAUUGUUGUUUCUAAUUACAAAGUGAGGUGUGCAAUGUCCCGUGUCAUCUAUACAGGGCCAGGGACAUGUUUUUCCUGGACACUAGGCUCAUCAUUUGCUGUUUUUUGCAGCUGAAUUUUUUCAGCAUUCUCUGCUUUUGCUGUUGUUUUUACUAGUACAUAUUGCUGCUGUUUUCUGAUUUUUGGAUUGGCACGUUGCUGUUUUCUGCAUGCAUUUUAAGUUUCAGAUAGUACAGUCUCUUCUGCCUUUCCCCUGUUGCUGUAACAAUGAAGCUUAGUUGGCUGGUUUGGUUGUAAAUGUGUUUGUUCUCUCUAUUCGGUACUGUAUAUUGCUGCUGCUACAUUUAUUCAGGGCUCGUUUGGUUUGAAGGAAAUGGAGGGGAGGGGGAAAAGCUUCCUUUAUUUGGAUAACAAGAAAAUUGGAAGGUGAUGGGAGAAACUUCCUUUAUUUAUUUAUUUAUUUAUUUGCUUUUUUUUUCCUUGUUCAUUUUAACAAUAGUAAUACCAACGACCUGUUGGUCCGAGUGAAAAUCAUCCAUCUCUAUAUUCAAAUUUUUGUACAAUGUAAGAACGAUUUUGUCCCACAUUAUAAAAAAUUCAGGUGCAAUCCACUACCAAUGAAGUUUUGAUUAGUUCUGAAACGUUUACUGUUUCUCAUUAUGCUUUCCCAUCUUAAGUUAUUGUGGAGGCAACUGGUAAUUGCAUCUGGUUUGCAACUAUAGCCCAACUUAGUUGAGAAUACCAGUAAGCGCAGAAUCCACAAAAUCCUUGGCAAGGAGAGCUCUAGGUAAUCCCCUUUCUCCAAGGCUCCAGAACAUCACCGAUCAGCACUCCUCAUCGUGAGGGGAGUGUUGAUCUUACUCAUCCAUUCAAAGGAAGGAUCCAAACUCGCUGAUUGCUGAGAUUAGGAGGAAAAUCAGGAGGAGGAGUCAGUCAAAGUAGUCUUCCAUGGAAAGGAAGGAUCUAAACUUGGUACCAAAACCCACAAAAGAAAAAGAAAAAGGGGCAUAAUGU